CAAAGACGGACUCGACGCCCCAUCUUUUCCCCAUGUCAAACCUUGAUCCGUUGACAUCCACGCGAGUGAAGCUUUCGGAGACUGAAACCAUUGCAUGGAUGCCGAUCCAGCGGAGAAACGACGAGACGGGCGCCCGCCGGAUACGAGACUAGCCACUUGUGCUGCCCCCACUGCCCCAUCAAUGCGACGCUGCCCCUGGCCUGCACAUUGAACCUUGGAAGAGGAUUUCUGCAGACAAAAAUGGACCUCCUGAACGGCAUCUGGGCCAGACUCGAGGCCGAGACCGAGGAUCACCCGAACAUUGGCCUAUGGCACAGCCGGAAAGUGCGGAAUAAGCCUUAAGGAGGGGUGUUUCCUUCAAUAAUUCCUACAUUGAGCUUCUCUCUAGUCUCAGCCAGCUGCGUUUUGCUUCGCCUGACCAUGGCGCCCUACCAAUCGCCCGUUUACCCCCUGCACGACGCCGACACGGCGAACCUUUCCGUCUCGCAGUUUAUGACCCGGUACAAUCCCGAUGAAGUUUCCGCAUCCAAGGUCGUUCACGUCGACACUCUCUCCUCGGACGCAAUCACAUACGGCAGUCUCCGUGAAGACGCCGGUCGCGGGGCCUGGGGCUUGCGCGAGAAGUUGGGCCUGAAACCGGGAGAUGUGCUCCUGGCCCUUGUCAAGAAUUCCAAUGCCUUUGUUCGCCUUGCGCAUGCCACAUGGUGGGCUGGCGCCGUAUUCGCGCCGCUCAACACCGCCGCAACGCGUGCCGACAUUUCGCACGUUCUCCAGAUCGUCCGCCCGACGCAUGUCGCGACCAUUGCAGAGAAACUCGACGAUGUCCGCGCGGCCGUCGCUUCUCACUCGCCGAGCACGAGUAUCCUAACCGUUCUGACACGUGCGGAUAGCCUGCCAAUGUUCCCAGAUGACAUACUCGGCAAGACAGAAACCGAAGCACUUCCACCGCAUGACCUCGAGGGGAGACACGCCAAGGAUGUCCCCAGCACAAUCUGCUUCUCGUCGGGGACAACCGGGAAAAUGAAGGGCGUGCAGCUCUCGCACUACAAUCUCAUCAUGAACACAAUUACAAUGCGCACAUCCAUGCCGGCGCGAGUCAACAGCACCGUCCGCGAGGUCUUUUUCGCACCAUACUGCCACAUCUACGGCCUCACAAUCGCCGUGCUAGCCGGCAUGUGGGUCGGAGCGCUAUACUGCGGGCUGCCGGCCUUUGACCUGGAAACCUUUUGUCGAAAAUCGAGCGAGAUCGAGGUGACGGACCUGCAUCUCGUUCCGCCUGUUGCGCUGGCCCUUGCGACGUCGCCGGUUGCGCAAAAGUAUGGGCUAGAUUCGCUGAAGAGGAUUGUCAUUUCGGCUGCGCCGUUGAAGAAAAACGUCCAGCUUUUACUGAAGAAACGUCUUCCGCAUACAAGUGUCGUUCAAGGAUACGGCCUUACAGAAUGCACAGGCGGCGUGAUCCACCAGAUAGAUGAAGAGGAGGAAGCACAUGGGUGUGUUGGGAAGCUCUUUGCCGGAGUCGAGGCCCGCCUCGUCGACCCAAACACAAAGAAAGACGUUGCUGUAGGGCAGGAAGGAGAGUUGUGGGUUCGAGGUCCGGUGGUGAUGAUGGGCUAUGUCGGCGACAGCAAGGCAACAGCUCAGGAAUUCUCCGAAGGAUGGCUCAGAACAGGCGAUAUCCUCACGAUAGACGAGAAGCAGAACUUUUGGGUGACGGAUCGGCUCAAGGAGAUGAUCAAAUAUAAAGGCCUCCAAAUCCCCCCCUCCGAACUCGAAGACCUCCUACUCCGCCACCCCGCCGUAACCGACGCCGCCGUCUGCGCAACCUACGACGACGCGCAAGCAACCGAAGUGCCCCUCGCCUACGUCUCUCUGGCACCAAACACCCUAGAGGCCCUAGGAAUCCCGCCCUCCUCUCCAUCUCCCUCUUCAAAGUCGAGUCCCGUGACAGACGAAAAACUGCAAUCCCUCCUCGAGGAGAUCCGUCGUUGGGCUGACAGCCAGGUCGCGGGAUAUAAGAAGCUUCGCGGGGGCGUGUUUCAUUUGCAGGAGUUGCCCAAGACGGCGACGGGGAAGAUUCUGCGGAGGUUGUUGCCUGUUAAGGUUGCGGAGAGCAGGCGGGCGGGGAAGCUCUAGAUAGUCCUUUUUUCGAAUGGAAUUGGUGAUUCUAGUGAAUGUCUAGGGGUGGGAGGGGCCGAGAUCAGAUGUGACCGACUAUCUUUGUCUGUUGUUGAGUGAGAGAGUGUGUAUGUCUUUUGGCUUUGAAAUGGGUUAGCUGGUCCUCGGCCAGCGGUUGUGUACUAUUAAGAUGGGAGAAUGUGAAUAGCUCUGAGUAGCCUUUUUGUCUAGAGAUUGUUGGAACACACGACUCGGUGCAUAAUCCAUCGUGGAACGAUUGCCUCUUCGCUUACCCUAUUUGCUUAGUUAUACAGAGUCAAACUGCCCCCGGGCAUAUCUUGCUGAUUCAAUAGACCAAGCUCUCUCC